AUGUAUAGCAUGAUGAUGGAAACUGACCUUCAUUCCCCCGGCCCCCAAACGAAUACGAACACGGGGCAAACGGGGCCGAACAGCGGGUCCAAAGCGAAUCAGGAGCGGGUGAAGAGACCGAUGAACGCGUUCAUGGUGUGGUCCCGUGGGCAGCGGAGAAAGAUGGCACAAGAGAACCCAAAAAUGCACAACUCUGAGAUCAGCAAGCGGCUUGGUGCCGAGUGGAAGGUGAUGUCCGAAGCUGAGAAGCGCCCUUUCAUCGACGAGGCGAAACGGUUGCGAGCCAUGCACAUGAAGGAGCAUCCGGAUUACAAGUACCGGCCAAGAAGGAAGACCAAGACGCUGCUGAAAAAGGACAAAUAUUCCCUUGCUGGUGGACUGCUUUCUGGUCCCAGUGGGGGCGGUGGAGUUGGUUUAGGGGUCGGCAUGAGUUCAUCUGGGGUCGGGCAGAGGUUAGAGAGCCCCGGGGGUCACGGAGGCUCCGCCAGCUCCGGCUAUGCGCACAUGAACGGCUGGGCAAACGGUGCGUACUCGGGGCAGGUGGCUGCAGCCGCGGCAGCCGCUGCGAUGAUGCAGGAGGCUCAGCUAGCCUACAGCCAGCACCCGGGGAGCGGGGCGCACCACCACCACCAUUCACACCACCAUCACUCACACAACCCCCAGCCCAUGCACCGCUACGAUAUGACAGCCCUGCAGUACAGCCCCAUCUCGAACUCUCAGAGCUACAUGAACGCUUCUCCAUCCGGCUACGGCGGGAUCACCUACACACAGCACCAGGGCUCCGGCGUCUCCUCCUCAGCUGCCAUGGGGACGUUAGGGUCGCUGGUGAAGUCAGAGCCGAGUGUAAGCCCUCCCGUCAGCAGCACACACUCACGGGGUCCUUGCCCCGGAGACUUGAGAGAGAUGAUAAGCAUGUAUUUACCGACCGGAGAGCCGGGGGACCCGUCAAUGCAAAGUAGACUCCAUGCCUUGCCGCAACAUUACCAGAGCGCCACGGCUGGAGUGAACGGGACGGUCCCUCUAACACACAUUUAG